AGUACUAGAAGAAGUCCAGUAUUAAGCCAGACUCAGAGCUGAUGGUAAAGGAACCUCAGAGGAGAAGUGAGAGGACCCCUUUCCUUGUCAGCUCCACUGGCCUCCAUACCUGACUGCCCUGCCACAUAAUCUACCACCAUCAGUGAGUUCACUUGAAGACAGUAUCUCUGUUGCUGUAUUGCACACGGCCAAUGUGAAGGACGUUAUAAAGAAGGUGAAAACUAAGUUUGCUGCAGGUUGCUGAAAAUUCACUGUGAUCAUCAUGUUAAUCAAAAAACGUUGCAAUAGCCAAAUGGGAGGCUUUGCUUUGACAACUGUGGCUUGGCUAAUUUGCUGUAUCUCCAUAGGCUUACCUCAGUGGCGUGUGUGGCACUUCCAAGACCCUGUGGACUUUAAGUCUACCACAGCAUCUGUUGGCCUGUGGAGAGUCUGUACUCUCCAGCAUGAUGAGAACUUUAGGAAUAUCAGAAUAUGUCACCAAUACAACUACCAUGAUGCCUUCCUUCCAUUGGAUAUUAGAGUGAUCCAACAAUUGCUACUGGUCUCUAGCUUUUUAGGACUGGUUGGAAAAGUCACCACCAUUAUUGCGCUUUGGAAUGUGUGUCAGGGGAGAGUACAUAGAAAGGCCACUUACAAUCCAUUUGGACUAUCUGGAAUUCUGAACAUCAUUGCUAGCAGCUUUAUUUGCCUUGCCAUAUUGUUUAAUUAUGUAUCUAUCAUACUCCAGGAGGGUAUAGUAUUUCCACCAUCUUUCAAUAUACCUUCCCAACCAGACACUCAGGAAAUUGGAAGUGCCAUGGUCUUGGCAAUUAUAGCUGCAGUUUUAUUUCUAUUGAGUGGCACAAUUUUGCUUACUUCGAAUUUUCCUGUAGACAAGCCAGUAUGUUCUAAAUAUUAAAAGUAAAUUUCCACCUUACAUAACAUUCAAAAUCCAAAGUUACCUGGAAUGAAGGAAGGUGUCUACAUAAAUUUUCAAUGAACUCAAUUUGGCCUUUGAGGGAAAAUGACCAUGUUGGUCUCUUAUAUUCUCUGUAUUCUUGUUUGUUUCAUUAUUUCAUUGCUGGAUUAUGGCCUUUCAAAAAUAAAAUCUAAUCCAUAAU